AUGGUAAACAAAAUCGACUACUCCAACGCCGCUGCCGGUCUCCGGAUGCAUGUGGGCUCACUCACGGGCUCCCAAGUCCAACUCACUGCUGCCAUCGAGCUCGGCCGUACAAACAGGCCGAAUAGCUAUAAGGCGCGUGCUCAGGCGUUCGAGGAGAGUGUGACGAAUGAUAUGCGCGAGGUGAUCAAAGAUUUGGAUGAUUAUGAGGCGCACUUGAAGGAAAGCGGGAGCACGAAGGACGUGGAGUGUAAGGCACUCGUAUUGGAGCUCUGGGAGGUUAUAGCGAAGCUUAACAGUGGUUUGGCUGAGUUGGAAGAGGUGGUUAGGAGUGGAUAA